CUGAAAAUCAAAAGCAAUUCUUCUUCACACAGUAGCGAAAAAAAGAAAUCUAAUUCUCUCGAGAAAAUGUCUGGUCGUGGAAAGGGAGGAAAAGGCUUGGGUAAAGGAGGAGCCAAGCGUCACAGGAAGGUUCUGAGAGACAACAUCCAAGGAAUCACCAAGCCUGCCAUUCGAAGAUUGGCUCGUAGAGGUGGAGUCAAGCGUAUUAGUGGUCUCAUCUACGAGGAGACACGUGGCGUCCUCAAGAUCUUUCUCGAGAACGUAAUUCGUGAUGCUGUCACUUACACCGAGCACGCUAGGAGGAAGACUGUGACCGCCAUGGAUGUUGUCUACGCUCUCAAGAGGCAAGGAAGGACUCUCUACGGAUUCGGCGGUUAAUCAGGGUUUUUCAGAUUUGUGUUUGGAGAUCUGUUUCUGGAAAUUAGAUUUGAGAAUUUCAAUGUAGGUAUUUUAGUAAAUGUAGCAAGAUUUGAUUUCCUUUUUUUGCUAUUUCGCUUUUGUAAUGUGUUUUCAUUUGCUAAAUUCUCAACAAUGGAAACACGCAAUUUGGUGAAAGUUCGUUUGAUUACUCAUAAUCUCUUAUGACUCUGACUCUAAUUUUCUACCUCGCUUUGAAUUGUGAAUUUGACAGUAGAGCAGACGUAUUAACUCGUCAGCCGUCAAUCUAGUUCUUUAUCAGCGGCGAUCUUCGGCUGUUAAUCAACUACGUGGCGUGACGAGAUACGUUGAAAUCAGCUUGACUGUUGGCUCUCGAGUAUAACAUGUCUUGGGCUUUUCGAUUCGUUAUUAUUGUUUAGAACGAAAUAUUUAUUUGCACUAAAAUGUACAAAAUUUAAGCCCAAUAAAACAUCACCAAGCCCAUAAAUAACGACGACAAGACGUCAGGUCCAAAUGUUGAG